AAACCAGCCCGGAGCCCAGUACAGUCUCCAGUCUACUGUCAACCCGUCUCAUGCAUUUGGACUUAUCCUGCUGCAGCCGGUGGACAUUUCUCCCCCUUCACCCGAUUUAAAUAUACAAUUUAACUUGGUUUUAUUCAAACACUCCCAGACCUCGAUGACAAAGCGCUGCGUUUAAACCAGAUACAUGGCGAGUGUUCCGCCGCUCGACAGAGAGCCCGUCUCCGGUCACAGGCAGCACGGAUCCGCCGCCGCCGCGUCCUGCUCCGGUACCGGUGACACGAUGAGGAUGUCUUGCUCGGGAUCGGUGGUCCUGCCGGCUGGGGUGAUGCACCCGUCGGUUCCGAUACGGAAUAUCAAGAUGAAAUUCGCAGUGCUCGCCGGUCUCAUUCAAGUCGGAGAGGUGGGAAACAGAGAUAUAGUGGAGACGGUGUUGAAUCUGCUGGUUGGUGGAGAGUUUGACCUGGAAGUAAACUUCAUCAUUCAAGAUUCCGAGGGCAUCAUCUGCAUGCUGGAGCUUCUGGAACACUGCGAGAUCACCUGCCAGGCGGAAAUCUGGAGCAUGUUCACCGCUUUAUUGCGCAAGAGCGUCCGCAACUUGCAGACAUGCACUGAGGUCGGACUCAUUCAGAGGCUGCUGCUCGAAAUGAGCUCCGUGGACGAUAUGAUCGCAGACCUUCUGGUGGACAUGCUGGGAGUUCUGGCCAGCUACAGCAUCACGGUCAAAGAACUCAAAUUGCUCUUCAGCAUGCUGAGAGGAGAAGGAGGAUUGUGGCCGAGACACGCUGUCAAGCUGCUCUCAGUUCUCACUCAGAUGGCACAGAGACAUGGACCAGACACUUUCUUCAACUUCCCUGGGCGAAGUGCAGCUGCGAUUGCAUUACCUCCUAUUGCCAAAUGGCCUUAUCAGAAUGGCUUUACCCUCAACACCUGGUUCCGCAUGGAUCCUCUCAACAACAUCAAUGUGGACAAAGACAAACCCUACCUUUACUGUUUCCGCACGAGCAAAGGCAUCGGAUACUCGGCACAUUUUGUGGGGAACUGCUUGAUAGUGACGUCACUGAAGUCAAAAGGAAAGGGCUUCCAGCACUGCGUGAAGUACGACUUCCAACCCCGCAAGUGGUACAUGAUCAGCAUCGUCCACAUCUAUAACCGCUGGAGGAACAGUGAGAUACGCUGCUACGUCAACGGACAGCUCGUCUCCUACGGCGACAUGGCUUGGCAUGUCAACACCAAUGACAGCUACGACAAAUGUUUCCUGGGCUCCUCUGAGACGGCGGACGCCAACCGGGUGUUCUGCGGACAGCUCGGAGCCAUCUAUGUGUUCAGCGAAGCGCUAAACCCUGCUCAGAUAUUCGCCAUCCAUCAACUAGGGCCUGGAUACAAGAGCACUUUCAAGUUUAAAUCCGAGAGUGACAUCCACCUGGCAGACCAUCACAAGCAAGUCUUAUAUGAUGGAAAACUAGCAAACAGCGUCUCAUUCACCUACAACGCCAAAGCCACAGACGCUCAGCUGUGUCUGGAGUCCUCUCCCAGAGAAAACGCUUCUAUAUUUGUGCAUUCUCCACACGCUCUAAUGCUACAGGAUGUGAAGGCCAUUGUUACACACUCCAUCCACAGUGCCAUUCACUCCAUCGGUGGAAUCCAGGUGCUGUUUCCUCUUUUUGCACAGCUGGAUUUCCAUCAGCACAAUGAGAGUCAGGUGGAAAGCACAGUGUGUUCCACUCUCCUGGCCUUUCUGAUGGAGCUGCUGAAGAGUUCUGUGGCAAUGCAGGAGCAGAUGCUCGGUGGGAAGGGUUUCCUGGUGAUUGGGUACCUUCUGGAAAAGUCAUCGCGGGUGCAUAUCACCAGGGCUGUUCUGGAGCAGUUCCUCUCAUUCGCCAAGUACCUGGAUGGCCUUACCCACGGUGCACCUCUUCUCAAACAGCUUUGUGACCAUAUCCUGUUCAACGCUGCAAUUUGGAUCCACACACCGGCCAAGGUUCAGCUCUCGCUGUACACGUAUCUUUCAGCAGAGUUCAUUGGCACGGCAACCAUCUACAACACCAUCCGUCGUGUGGGGACCGUCCUGCAGAUCAUGCACAUUUUAAAGUACUAUUACUGGGCCGUCAAUCCAAACCAUACCAGUGGCAUCACGCCAAAAGGCCUAGAUGGUCCCCGGCCCUCCCAGAAGGAGAUCACGUCCCUCAGAGCCUUCAUGCUGCUGUUCCUCAAACAACUCAUCCUCAAAGAUCGAGGGGUUAAGGAGGAUGAGCUUCAGAGUAUUCUUAACUAUCUGCUGACCAUGCAUGAGGAUGAGAACCUCCAUGAUGUUCUCCAGCUGCUCGUGGCUCUCAUGUCCGAGCACCCUGCCUCCAUGAUCCCUGCCUUUGACCAGAGGAACGGCAUCCGAGUUGUCUACAAACUGUUGGCUUCCAAAAGUGAAAGCAUCCGAGUUCAAGCUCUGAAGGUCUUGGCAUAUUUCCUCAAACACUUGGGCCACAAGAGGAAGGUGGAAAUCAUGCACACGAACAGUCUGUUCACACUUCUCGGGGAGAGACUCGUGCUGCACUCCAACACGCUGUCCAUUACUACGUACAACACGCUCUAUGAGAUUCUGACAGAGCAGGUGUGCACACAGGUCGUCCAUAAGCCUCAUCCUGAACCCGAUUCUACUGUGAAGAUCCAGAACCCAAUGAUUCUUAAGGUGGUGGCCACACUGUUGAAGAGCUCCGCACCCAGCGCAGACCUGAUGGAGGUGCGGCGUCUGUUCCUUUCAGACAUGAUCAAACUCUUCAGCAUCAGCCGUGAGAACAGACGGUGUCUGCUGCAAUGUUCUGUGUGGCAGGACUGGAUGUUCUCUCUCGGCUACAUUAACCCGAAGAACUCGGAAGAGCAGAAGAUUACUGAAAUGGUUUACAGCAUCUUCCGGAUUCUUCUCUACCAUGCCAUUAAGCACGAGUGGGGCGGCUGGCGUGUGUGGGUGGACACGCUCUCCAUUGCCCACUCCAAAGUGACGUAUGAAGCUCACAAAGAAUAUUUAGCCAAAAUGUAUGAGGAAUACCAGCGGCAGGAAGAGGAGAACAUAAAGAAGGGGAAGAAGGGGCUCGUCAGCACCAUCUCGGGUCUUUCUGCCCAGGCGUCAGCCAUCAAAGGCACUCUGGAGCUCGACCCAGAUUCCCAGACACAAACCCCUGAGAGCGAAGCAGACGAGCCCGAGACAACAGGUCCGGGACAGAACCUCUUGUCCGAAGCUAAGAAUUUGGAUGGGGAGAACUCCGCCUCAGGCGUGCGCUUGGAAGUUCACGAUCUUCUGGUGGACAUAAAGGCGGAGAAGGUUGAAGCCACGGAGGUGAAGAUGGACGACAUGGACCUCCUGCCGGAGACGCUGAGCGUCAGCGAAAAUGGAAGCUUGGUUGAGGUGGACUGUCUCUUGGACAACGUGUAUUCGGCGGCGGUGGAGAAGAUAAACAGCAGCGUGAACAGUGUCCUGGUACCUCAAAGCAACCUGGAGGACAAAACCACAGGUCCUCUCAUAAACCUGGCCGAUGAAGCGGAUCCCAUUUCCAGCAACAGCACCUUCCUGUUUGGCACGAUGGCGAGCAGCUCGGGGGAAAACCUCUUACCUGAAAUUGGACCGUCUGAAUCUUUUCCGCUCUCAGGAGUGGAACCUCAGGUCCACACCAGCUCCACUGACCUCGGGCUUCUGGCUCUCAUGGCAAAGAGCUCGACGGCGUUAGACGCCGACCCGACGGCUUUGGAGGAAGAUCGCUUUAAACGACAGUCUGCUGUGACUGGAUUUGGCGUCUCUGAAAGGGAAAGUCUGUCGAAAUACCCGGGGCAGAUCGAGCCGUUGGCGGGGGAGCCGGAGGCUGAGGUUCCUGAGGUAAAGAGCGGUGCAGAUGUUACAGAUAUAGAGAUCAAGAAGAUUCAGACCACUGCUACCACACAGAGUCUGCGCAGCCAGUCUGGGAAUCAUUUGGACCGCGAUCUGCGGGUGGACCUGGGCUUCAGAGGCAUGCCGAUGACCGAAGAGCAGCGGCGACAGUUCAGCCCGGGUCCACGGACGACCAUGUUCCGCAUCCCAGAGUUCAAGUGGUCCCCAAUGCACCAGCGCCUGCUCACCGAUCUGCUCUUUGCCCUGGAAUCCGACUUACAUGUCUGGAGAAGUCAUUCAACAAAGUCUGUCAUGGAUUUUGUGAACAGCAAUGAGAAUAUCAUCUUUGUGCACAACACCAUUCACCUGAUCUCACAGAUGGUGGAUAACAUCAUCAUCGCGUGUGGAGGGAUACUGCCCCUCCUGUCCGCUGCCACCUCCCCUUCUGCUGAAAUGGACGGCAUCGAGGCCACGCAGGGCAUGUCGACUGAAACCGCCGCGAUCUUUCUCACUCGGCUCAUGGCGAUGGUGGACGUGCUGGUCUUCGCGAGUUCCCUGAACUUCAGUGAGAUUGAGGCAGAGAAGAACAUGUCCUCAGGAGGACUCAUGCGACAGUGCCUCAGGCUCGUUUGUUGUGUGGCCGUAAGAAACUGUUUAGAGUGCCGUAAGCGUCAGAGAGACAGAAAUCUGAAGUCCUCUUUGUCCAGCAGUAAAUGUCAGGACGGCCUGCAGAUUGUGUCCAGCACCAACAAGAUCACCACAGAAAGUUUUCCCAGCAAUCUUUCUCCAAUCAAAGAUCCGGACCGACUUCUGCAGGACGUGGACAUCAAUCGCCUGCGGGCGGCUGUCUUUCGGGAUGUUGACGACAGUAAGCAGGCCCAGUUCCUGGCUCUUGCUGUUGUGUAUUUUAUCUCCGUCCUAAUGGUGUCUAAGUACCGGGACAUCCUGGAACCCCAGCGGGAGACGGUCAGGUCUAUCAGCCAAUCGGGACGAGGCAUUCGGCAGGAGAUCAAUUCUCCUACGAGCACAGAGAACCCUUCAUCCCUCUCUGACGCCCAUAAGGAGGCCGUGUACGAGUCACGCCCGGAGACGUCCCUUCCUCAUUCUGACUCGGGACUGGGUGACGAUCAGGUGUCCGGCGUGAUGAACGGGGCCGACCUCGAUCUCUGCGUCAGGAGUCCGAACGGCAUGAGCGGGCUGCUGUGCACCCUGUCCGCAGAGGUCAAAGACCACCUGAGUGAGCCGUCGACUGCGGAGCAUCUCAAACCCGCCUCUUCCGUCUCCAGCAUCAGCCAGGCCAACAAAGGCAUCAACGUUAAGGAGAUCCUGAAGAGCUUGGUCGCGGCACCCGUCGAGAGCGGAGAGAGUGGACCGUCGGACCCCCUUCCCUACACGGAUCACCUGGCUAUGAAGAGAGAAGCCCAGGCCAUGUUACCCAUGCAGUUCCAUUCAUUUGACAGGAGUGUGGUGGUACAGGCCAAGAAGCCUCUGUCGGGUGUGACGGUCAACACAGUCGGUAGUUCUGGGUCCACUUGUGCCCUGGCCUCCAGCAGCACACCUAACAUAUUUGCUGCUGCGUCGACUACACCCAAGAGCAUGAUCAAUACCACAGGGGCCACAGAAACAUCUGCCUCCUCCUCCUCUGCCAGCUUUGUGAACGGAGCCACCAGUAAGAACCUGCCCGCGGUGCAGACCGUGGCGCCCAUGCCUGAGGACACCAUGGAGAACAUGAGCAGCAUCACCACUAAACUGGAGCGAGCUCUGGAGAAGGUCGCGCCUUUACUGAGGGAGAUCUUUGUGGACUUUGCUCCUUUCCUGUCUCGUACUCUGCUGGGCAGCCACGGCCAGGAGCUGCUCAUUGAAGGUCUGGUGUGCAUGAAGUCAAGUACAUCAGUGGUGGAACUAGUUAUGUUGUUAUGCUCGCAGGAGUGGCAGAACUCCAUACAGAAGAAUGCCGGCCUGGCUUUCAUUGAGCUCAUCAACGAGGGAAGACUCCUCUGUCAUGCCAUGAAGGACCAUAUCGUCAGAGUGGCCAAUGAAGCGGAGUUUAUUCUCAACAGACAGCGAGCUGAGGAUGUACACAAGCAUUCUGAGUUUGAGUCUAACUGCGCACAGUACGCAGCCGACAGGAAAGAGGAGGAGACGAUGUGUGAUCACCUCAUCAGUGCCGCCAAGCACCGUGAUCAUGUGACAGCCAAUCAGCUGAAACAGAAGAUUGUCAACAUCCUGACCAAUAAGCACGGAGCCUGGGGCGCAGUAGCACAGAGGAGUUCCUGUCUUUUCCCCCUUUCCAGUCAGAUGCACGACUUCUGGCGUCUGGAUUACUGGGAGGAUGACCUCAGAAGGAGGCGGAGAUUCAUACGCAACCCCUUUGGCUCCACCCACUUAGACAUCACGUGCAAAUCGCUGGAGGACUAUGGCCCAGAGGAAGAUGGAGCUCUGAGAGGACGAAAAGGCUUCCGUGGGCAAGCGGUGGUCAGCCAGAUCACCGAGACAGAGCUGAUGCUGGAGGGGGAUGAUGAUGCUGCCAGUCUGUUGCAGGAGAAAGAAGUGGACAACCUGGCAGGCCCUGUGGUUUUGAGCACCCCGGCCCAGAUUAUUGCCCCGGUCAUCGUAGCUCGUGGGACUCUUUCGAUCACUACCACGGAAAUUUACUUCGAAGUGGAUGAAGAUGACCCGGCCUUCAGACGCAUUGAUGCCAAAGUGCUGGUUUACUCCGAGGGGCUUCACGGGAAGUGGAUGUUCAGUGAGAUUCGAGCGGUGUUCGCCCGUCGGUUUCUGCUUCAGAACACGGCGCUAGAGAUCUUCAUGGCCAACCGAACAUCAGUCAUGUUUAACUUCCCUGACCAGGCCACAGUGAAGAAGGUGGUCUACAGUCUUCCGCGCGUGGGCGUCGGCACAAGUUACGGUCUACCUCAGGCCAGGCGGAUCUCUCUGGCCACCCCUCGACAGCUCUUCAAGUCCUCUAACAUGACUCAGCGCUGGCAGAGACGAGAGAUCUCCAACUUUGAGUACUUGAUGUUUCUCAAUACCAUUGCAGGACGGACAUACAACGAUCUGAACCAGUAUCCUGUUUUCCCAUGGGUCCUCACCAAUUAUGAUUCUGAAGAGCUGGACCUCACAAUUCCGGGCAACUUCAGGGAUCUCUCAAAGCCAAUCGGAGCGUUGAAUCCAAAGCGUGCCGUGUUCUACGCGGAACGCUAUGAAUCAUGGAACGAGGAAGCUCCACCCUGCCACUAUACAUCUCACUAUUCCACCACAGCCGCAACUCUCCAUUGGCUUGUCAGAAUGGAGCCUUUCACCACGUUUUUUCUUAAUGCCAACGGCAACAAGUUUGAUCACCCAAACCGCACUUUGUCUGGUAUCGCGCGCUCAUGGCGACACUGCCAACGCGACACUGCGGAUGUAAAGGAGUUAAUUCCAGAGUUCUACUAUCUGCCAGAGAUGUUUAUAAACAGUAAUGGCUACUGUAUGGGUGACAGAGAUGAUGGUGUUCCUGUCUGUGAUGUAGAACUACCAGCCUGGGCAAAGAAACCAGAGGACUUUGUCAGGAUUAACAGAAUGGCCCUGGAAAGCGAGUUUGUAUCGUGUCAGCUGCACCAGUGGAUUGACCUUAUUUUUGGCUACAAGCAACGCGGGCCCGAGGCAGUGCGAGCCCUCAACGUCUUUCACCACCUGACCUACGAGGGCUCCGUCAACCUCGACAGCCUCGCCAGUGAUCCCCCGCUGCGUGAGGCCACAGAGGCUCAGAUCCAAAGCGUUGGACAGACGCCAUCUCAGUUGCUCAUCGAGCCACAUCCUCCUCGCAGCUCCGCCAUGCACCUGUGUUUCCUUCCUCAGAAUUCGCUCAUGUUUAAGGAUCAGAUGCAACAGGAUGUCAUCAUGGUGUUAAAGUUUCCCUCCAACUCCCCGGUCACUCAUGUGGCGGCCAACACGCUGCCGCACCUGACCCUCCCCGCUGUCGUCACCAUCACCUGCAGCCGACUCUUCUCCGUCAACCGCUGGCACAACACCGUGGGCCUUCGUGGAGCUCCGGGUUACUCACUAGAUCAGGCCCACCACCUCCCCAUUGAGAUGGACUCUCUGAUUGCGAAUAACUCGGGCACAAACAAGCGACAGAUCACAGACCUGGUUGACCAGAGUAUUCAGAUCAACACUCAGUGUUUUGUGGUAACAGCAGAUAACCGUUACAUCCUGGUGUGCGGUUUCUGGGACAAAAGUUUCCGUGUUUACUCCUCGGACACAGGUAAACUCACACAGAUAGUGUUCGGGCACUGGGAUGUGGUCACAUGCCUGGCCCGGUCAGAAUCUUAUAUCGGUGGCGACUGUUACGUCGUGUCCGGAUCCAGGGACGCCACGCUGCUGCUGUGGUACUGGAGCGGGCGACACCACAUCAUAGGAGACAACCCUAACAACAGUGAUUACCCAGCACCCCGUGCAGUUCUGACCGGCCACGACUAUGAAGUGGUGUGUGUUUCUGUGUGUGCUGAAUUGGGAAUUGUUAUCAGCGGAGCAAAAGAGGGUCCGUGUCUGGUCCACACCAUCACUGGUGAUCUUCUGAGGGCUCUCGAGGGUCCAGACAACUGUGUGCUCCCCCGUCUGAUCUCAGUGUCCAGUGAGGGCCACUGCAUCAUCUAUUACGACAGGGGUCAGUUCUGCAACUUCAGCAUCAAUGGCAAGCUGCUGGCCCAGAUGGAGAUCAAUGACUCCACGCGUGCUCUUCUCUUGAGCAGUGAUGGGCAGAAUUUAGUGAGCGGAGGAGACAGCGGGGUGGUGGAGGUGUGGCAAGCCUGUGACUUCAAACAGCUCUAUGUCUAUCCAGGCUGUGACGCAGGCAUCCGAGCCAUGGACCUGUCCCAUGAUCAGAGGACUCUGAUCACUGGCAUGGCAUCUGGCAGCAUCGUGGCUUUCAACAUUGAUUUUAACCGCUGGCACUUUGAGCAUCAGAACAGGUACUGAGAGGAAUCAGGAAUGACAGACGGCUGCAGCCUCCCAAAAUGCGUGACAUCACUGGAGCUCGCGUCAGCGGGGCGGAGCCACGCGGAAGAUAAAGAAAAAAUGGAGAGAUGGAGAAAUAACAAAGGACUACUUUGUGAAGUCAGAGCAGCAUUGCUUUUAAAUAUGUGCUAGCCCACGAUGAGAUCCCAGCGCGUACUGGCAGCGAUGGCCAUUUUAAAAUGAAUAGCGAGAGCACCGAUGGAGGCCAGCAUAUCUCCAUUUUUUCACGUUUUAUUCAAUUAUCUGAGCCAGUUAAGGUUCAAACAGCCUUUUACUUCUGGUCCAGUCAUUUCAACUGUGAAAACAACACUUUGCAUAGUGCCAAUAACAAUAUUUUUCUUGGGUUUCAUUUUCUACCUGCUUGAAGCGUAGAUUGCUUUCUUUAGGGGGUUUUUAAGGGCCCUCAUGGGGGGAAACUUGCCAAACUACAACGCUAAUAAGACCUGUCAAAUGUUGAAAACUGUGUAAGGCUGCUUUCUAAACUCUGUCUGUCCAGUGUCGUGCGUUUGAGGGGGAAAAAGCACUUUUGUUUACGGUGACGUGAUGUGAAUGUUUGCGUCAGUCUGCCCAUGUGGAGAUAAAGGAUUUUGCAUUAAAAACCUUUAGCGAAAUUUGUAGUUUUUGUUGGCUUCAUGUCUAUACAGUAAAUGUAAAGCACUAAAUGAGGGUAAACGCUGAUGGUGCUGCGGGAUAGUCCAAAUGGGCACAUCUAAAUCGUUUUGUGUGUAGUUUAUAUGUUUUUACAUCAUCUUGAUCUUUUGUAUUUAUUUCAUGUCCUUAGGUGGCGUACAGGCACCAUUGUCUUUCAUAGCUGCACAUGUAAACAGUAAAAAAGAAAUGUAAAUCACUGUUGUAAGCAAUACGUUGUGUAGUGUAUGAUGUAUGUGCAUCUUUAAAUCAGACGUAUAAUUCAGAGUUUAUGGAUCAAAAUUAAAAGCCAAACUAUUUUUUUGUUUUAGUGCAAAUAUAUGAAAUAUUCUCUUAAGCAUUGUUUCUCUUAUUUCCCAGGACAUUGAUUUCUACAUAUUAAAGACGGUGCCAAGCAAUUUAGAUUUGAUAAACAUACAGAUUAAGAUUAUUUUUUAAAACCAGUGGUGUUUUCCUUCGUUUAACUGAAUGUAUCUUGAUCUUAUGUUGAAAUGCCUCUGACACAACUAUUUGAUGAAACGUUUCCUUCAGAAACAUGUUACGUUGUUUAACAUUUGAUGGUGCUUGCUAAUUUAGCAAAUGUUACAGUUUAAUUUGAUUGGUUACUUUUUGGUUGAAAUGUGUUCAGUCGUCAUGUAUGUCCAUGUGAAUCAUUGUGAAAUAAGAGAAACGUCUCUGUCAUAAUAAAAGACUAUUGAAUGUAUCGAGUGUGUGUGCGCAAUACAUUAAACAAUAUCAACAUUCUGAGUGGCAAUAAUCUACACAAUGGAGCUAUGAUGACCAGUGAAGUAUAAAUGACUUCUAUCGCUUUUAAAAAAAAACCCACCUUAGCUCUGUGUACUGUGGUGGGCUAUAUGAGACCAGUUUUUAUUAUUGCACUUAUG